CCACUCAGAGGGCGCGAUCAUGAUCCCGUUAGUUCACUGGCUAGGCGGGCGGGAAAACCCGAGCUCGCGCCCCGCCUUGGAGAGCGCGCUGAGUGGCGGGUGGUUUACUUUGGGUGUGGAGUGGUGAGGAUGAGCUCUCUAUGAGGGGAUGUUGAGGCAGGUAGGGCGGAAAUUUCUUCAGAUAGUGGCCGGCCAGGUCUCCCUCAGUUUAGGGACCAGGUGGUCCUGAUCCCUUCAGUUUGAGGGUUGAAGUGGAUGGCAUUCCCUCAUUUAGGGAAAGCAGGGAGAUGGAUCUCUUUCAGAGCAAAAAGUGAGAAGAGAGUCCACUCAGUUUGAAGGAAGAAGUGGGGUCAUUUCCCUUUAGUUGGGUGGGGGGUAGGGAAGGACAGGUGCCCCUCAGUGCUGGGAAAAGGAUGGGAUGACUCAGUUUGAGGGGGAAGGUAGAACAUGUUUUCCCUCCGUUUUGAGGAAGAAGUGGGGUGGGUGCCCCUCAGCUUGAAAGAGAAGUGGAGACGGUCCUCCUCAAUUUGGGGCAAGAUAAACCGAAUACCCCUCAGGUUUUGAGAAAAAGUUGGGUGGAUCCCUCUUAGUUUGAAGGAACUCGAUAGGCUGGGCUUUCCAUAGUUUAGGGAAAGAUGCGGUCUCUUCACGUUCAUGGAAAAGGUGAGAAGAGUUCCCUGCAGUUUGAGGGAAAGGGAGGCCGGUGCCCCUCGGCUUGGGAGCUAAAGAGAAACGGCCUCCUCUCAGCCUGUAAUGAGCAGGGCCCAGCCUGGGCCUUGGAGUUUCUAGGGACAUGGGGGGACAGCGCGGCUUUCUGGGAGCGCCCAGUGCGCGUGCGCAGUUCUGGUCUGGUCUGGUCUGGGGCCGGAAGGGGGUCCCAGGCCCGGCGGGGCCGCGUGAAAGGCGGUGGCGCGCUGCCCCCUACCGCCUGCGUGCGGCAGCGCCGUGGUCCUCGGCCUCCGUACCAGGGGGCGGCAGCUCGCUGCGAGAGGGCACUAGCCUUGGAGGAGACCCUCCCUCUAGAUUCUGCCCACCCGCAGACCCCUGUCCGACCCGCGGCGCAGUGUCGCCUCCGGGGGGUUGGACGCGCGGACGCUCCUGGAGGGCUGUGGCUGCUCCCAGCUGUGAAUACAGUGUUUCACUUGUCUCGGAAGGUGACGUCUCUGGUCCCUGAGAGCUGCCUGCUGAUUUUGCUGGGACUAGUGCUUGGAGGCAUUGUCUUGGCUGUGGCCAAGAAAGCUGAAUACCAGCUGGAGCCAGGCACCUUCUUCCUCUUUCUGCUUCCUCCUAUCGUGCUGGACUCAGGCUAUUUCAUGCCUAGCCGGCUGUUCUUUGACAACUUGGGUGCCAUCCUCACCUAUGCCGUGGUGGGCACACUCUGGAAUGCCUUCACAACAGGCGCUGCCCUCUGGGGCCUGCAGCAAGCUGGAUUUGUGGCCCCUAGAGUGCAGGCUGGCUUGCUGGACUUCUUGCUGUUCGGGAGCCUCAUCUCAGCAGUGGACCCUGUGGCUGUGCUGGCUGUUUUUGAGGAGGUGCACGUCAACGAGACUCUCUUUAUCAUCGUCUUUGGCGAGUCCCUGCUCAAUGAUGCAGUCACCGUGGUGCUCUACAAGGUCUGCAACUCCUUUGUGGAGAUGGGCUCUGCCAAUGUGCAGGCCACUGACUACCUGAAGGGAACCGCCUCCCUGUUUGUGGUCAGUCUGGGCGGGGCAGCUGUGGGCUUAGUCUUUGCCUUCCUCUUGGCCCUGACCACACGCUUCACCAAGCGGGUCCGCAUCAUCGAGCCGCUGCUGGUCUUCCUCCUCGCCUACGCAGCUUACCUCACUGCUGAAAUGGCCUCGCUCUCUGCCAUUCUUGCGGUGACUAUGUGUGGCUUGGGCUGUAAGAAGUACGUGGAGGCCAAUAUCUCCCAUAAGUCACGCACGGCUGUCAAAUAUACAAUGAAGACUCUAGCCAGCUGCGCUGAGACUGUCAUCUUCAUGCUGCUUGGCAUCUCGGCCGUGGACUCUUCUAAGUGGGCCUGGGACUCUGGGCUGGUGCUGGGCACCCUCUUCUUCAUCCUGUUCUUCCGAGCCCUCGGCGUAGUUCUGCAGACGUGGGUGCUCAAUCAGUUCCGGCUGGUCCCUCUGGACAAGAUUGACCAGGUGGUGAUGUCCUAUGGGGGUCUGCGGGGGGCUGUGGCCUUCGCUCUCGUCAUCCUACUGGACAGGACCAAGGUCCCUGCCAAGGACUACUUUGUGGCCACCACUAUUGUGGUCGUCUUCUUCACAGUCAUCGUGCAGGGCCUGACCAUCAAGCCACUGGUCAAGUGGCUGAAGGUGAAGAGGAGUGAGCAUCACAAACCCACCCUGAACCAGGAGCUGCAUGAGCACACUUUUGACCACAUUCUGGCUGCAGUGGAGGACGUUGUGGGCCACCAUGGCUAUCACUACUGGAGGGACAGGUGGGAGCAGUUUGACAAGAAGUAUCUGAGUCAGCUACUGAUGCGGCGAUCAGCCUACCGCAUCCGGGACGAGAUCUGGGAUGUGUACUACAGACUCAACAUCCGGGAUGCCAUCAGCUUCGUGGAUCAGGGAGGCCAUGUCUUAUCCUCCACAGGGCUCACUCUGCCCUCUAUGCCCAGCCGCAAUUCUGUGGCAGAGACCUCUGUCACCAACCUGCUGAGGGAGAGUGGCAGUGGAGCAUGUCUGGAUCUGCAGGUGAUUGACACAGUACGUAGUGGCCGGGACCGUGAGGAUGCUGUGAUGCACCAUCUGCUCUGCGGAGGCCUCUACAAGCCGCGCCGCAGGUACAAAGCCAGCUGCAGCCGCCACUUCAUCUUGGACGACGCACAGGAGCGGCAGGACAAGGAGAUCUUCCAGCAGAACAUGAAGCGGCGGCUGGAGUCCUUUAAAUCCACCAAGCACAACAUCUGCUUCACCAAGAGCAAGCCACGACCCCGCAAGGCUGGCCGAAAGAAGAAGAAUGGUGUGGCUAACACUGCAGCUACAAAUGGGAAACCUCCUCGAGACUUGGGCUUUCAGGAUACAGCUGCUGUGAUCUUAACUGUGGAGUCUGAGGACGAGGAGGAGAGCGACAGUUCGGAGACAGAGAAGGAUGACGACGAGGGGAUCAUCUUUGUGGCUCGGGCCACCAGUGAGGUUCUCCAGGAGGGCAAGAUCUCAGGGAGCCUUGAGGUGUGUCCAAGCCCACGCAUCAUCCCUCCCUCUCCAACCUGUGCAGAGAAGGAGCUACCCUGGAAAAGUGGGCAGGGGGAUCUGACAGUCUACGUGUCCUCGGAAACCACCAAGAUUGUGCCUGUGGACAUGCAGACAGGCUGGGACCAGAGUAUCUCAUCCCUGGAGAGCCUGGCAUCCCCGCCCUGUACCCAGACCCCAUCUAUGACCUACCUGCCUCCCCACCCACCGGCCGCUGAAGAGCCCCAGGCCCCUCUUGACCUGCCUUCUGAUCUGCGCCCUAGCUUCGCCUUUCCCCCAAGCCUGGCCAAGGCUGGCCGGUCUCGCAGUGAGAGCAGCGCUGACAUCCCCUGGCAGCAGGAGCUACAGCCCCUCAUGGAACACAAGGACCAUACCCAUCUUAGCCCAGGCACUGCUAGCUCCCACUGGUGCAUCCAGUUCAACAGAGGUGGCCGGCUGUAGCCCAGGGACUCAGGGAGGAGCAGGAGGCCGGAGCCCCUGUGGAAGUGUUCCGUGUGCAAAAGGCAGAGGACACUCAGCCUGAUAUGGGGUCAGAGGGACCUGGACUUAAGUAGCCACUGGGCUCCUUUAGGGUGGGUCAGAAGGGUCUCCUGGGCUGGUCCUCACAGGGAUCCUUUUCACCAUCACCCCUGCUCCUAACUCCUACCACCUUCCCUUUUAGUAAGGCCCUAACCCUCGCCCAAGACCCAGUCCAGAGCUUCUAGGAGCUAGGCCCAGACACUUGGGUAGCUGAUGCCCAUUCCCCAGGGGGUCUGUCUUCCUGGGGACAAUCUAGGCAGCUGUUUCCUGCCCCCAAAGCAAGGGCAUCAAUCAUUCUUCAGCUGAUGAUGGCCAUUCCUGCCCUCUACCCCCUCAGAACCAGCUUAAGGACAGUGCCCUGGCAAUGAGGUUCCUCGAGGGGCUGGUCCUCAGAGGAACUGCGGUAGGAGGUGGAGCAGGCCUCAACCUUGGGUUUUGCUGCCCUGUUGUAACCAAUUUUUCUAGGGCAGUAGGAGUCUGUCUCUAUUUCUUGCUUUAUCUCCUUCCCUUUGCUGCCAGUUAUUGGGGUGAUUGGGGUGAUAGUUCCUCCUUUUCCAGUCCCAAGGCUACAGGGCUAGGCCAGGCUUCAGGUCAGGGCUGCUUCUUAGCCAGGGUCACUCUGGGGAUCUGAUGCUCUGCAUCCGAGUCUGGACCAUUCAGAUCCUUGGGUCUAGGUUUUCUGAGGAAGGGAGGCAGUGGCCUCGGCUCCCACAUUACUACCUUGACAUUUCCCAAACAGGAAAGGAGCCAGGUAUCCCAGGGCCAUAGCUUCUCUGCUGUAGGGGCUGGGAUUCCUGGCUGCAGUGGUAAGGUAGGGGCCUUUCCUGGGGUUAGCACCUGCCCUGUGUUUUGUAUGUUGAACUGAAGACACAUUAAACACCUCUUGGAUGGA